AUGGACGACAACCCCUUCGGCGAUCCGUUCGACGACGUGCCCAUCGCCUCGGCGCCGGCCGUGCCGUCGACCAGCGCUCAUCGCGCCCAGCGUCGCGGCUUGGACGCUGUGUACGCCUCGAACCAGGCCAGCUCCACCCCGGCGGCGACCCCGGGCUCGGCAGCGGCCUCCACCCCGGCGAGCACCCCCUCCUCGUCGAUGUCCAGCUCGAUGUUCCGCCGGGCCGCGGCCGCGGCCCCGGUGGCCGAUGUGGACCAGCCCUUCGCGGAUGUGGCCGGCCCGGCCGGGCAGGCCCGCGAGGCCGAGCUCCGGGAGCUUGAGGCCCUCCUGGAGACCAUCGCCCAGAAGGAUGCCCCGCCGACGCCCAAGUGCGGGACCUUCCCGGCGUCCGGGCUGCGGCCGCUCUUCGAGCGCUCCGGUCUCGACAAUGACCUCCUCCGCUCGAUCUGGGACAUGGCCGACAUCUCCAAGCGCGGGUCCCUGUCGCGCGAGGAGCUGACUCUCGCCCUGAAGCUCAUCUCGCUUGCGCAAUUCCUGCGCGAUGAUGACCCCCGGGCCCUCGAUGAGUCCGGCGCCAAGCGCCCGCUGACCCCCCUCAACGCCGGGCUCUAUGGCGGCGUGCCCAAGUUCUCGGAUGCCCUGUCGGUCCCCUCAUCGCCGGCCCUCCUCCAGGCGAUGCUGCCACAGCCGGUCGCGGUCCCGGGGUUGGCCUCCCUCGGCACUCUCGGCAACAGCCUGCCCCCGGUGGGCGCCGCGCGCGGUGCCAGCAACGCCAACAACAUCACCCUGGCCAUUGCGCCGGCCGACGACCCCCAGGUGCCGGGCACCUUCUUCCGGACCACUUUCUACUACUUGGCCUCGCGCAAGCACACGGCCAAGGGUCAGCCCGUGGUCCGCCGUUUCUCGGACUUUGUGUGGCUCGAGUCGCAGCUGGUCGCGCGCUACCCCUACCGGGUGGUUCCCACUCUGCCGGAGAAGCAGCCCCUCGGCGGCAUCAUUUCCCGAGCCGCCUUCUCCGAUCUUAGCGACGACCAGAAGACCGCGCUCUCGGACAGGAAUCGCCAAAUCAAGGGCCUGCAGCACGACUACGCCUCGCUGGCUCCCUCGAUUCCGGCCCUCUUUCGGCCGACCGACGGCCACGUCACCGCCGAGCCCGGGCCGCCAGGCGACGCCGCCGCCCCCGCAGGCCUCGACUCCGUCCCCAGUGAAGGCCCCUCCGUCCUACAGGAUCUCCUUCUUCAGGGCCAGCAAUCGGACCCCGCGAUCGCCUCCGGCACCGGCACCGCUACCCCUGGACGCGGGCUGGGCCUCGGCUCCGACGGCUACUCCACCUCGCUGCUCUCGCUCAUUCAAACCCUGGACCCGGCUGAUUGGGCUGAGCGUGUCCUUGUUCCGGCCGACUCGCCCGGGGUCGCCGGCGGCCAGCUCGACGCGGCCACCGGGUCCGCUCAGCCGGCAGGGUCCUGGUCCGAAGAGGCGUCCCUCCUGUUUGACAAGUACGCUGACCGAGUCUCGAAAUCCGCUACAUCCGAGAUUUUGAAACUCCGCUCGGCCAUGAUCAAGCACCUGCCGGUCUCCGGCGCGGACAGUGACAAUAUCCUUGCUAGCCUCGCCACCGGGACAAGGAACCCCGACGCCGCGAACACCCUGCCGCCGGGGGCCCGCACGGCCGACGGGGAGGACGCACUGCCGGACACCGACCCCGGCCGGACCCUCCCCCGUGGCCAGGCGGUGGAUUACAUUCGCGAAUUGGACUCGGCCGCUGGGGGUGGGCUGCCCCGCGCCGGCCACUCCGCCCGGUACAUGGGGAUCUUCUGCCCGGAAUCCGCGGCCGAUGCCGGGGCCAUGCCGGCUGGCUCCACCCCCGGCGGGCAGUCCUCCGUUCAUGCGGUCUUCUCGUGCCCCGGCUGCGCGCGUGUCCUUUCCGACCGGUCGGUGACCGCGCAUCUAGAAUCCUGCCCCAAGCUGGAGGCCGCCCGCUCGGCCGCGCGCAAGCUCUCCCAGGCGAAGGCCCAGGCCGAGCCCGUGGCUCCCCUGACCCCCAAUGGUCCCGCCUCGCCCGUCCGGAAGGACGGCCGCCGCAGCGACCGCAAGCCGAAAGUCGAUCAGGCCUUCGAGGAGGGCCGUCGCCUUGGAUUGGUCCGCUUCCUGGAGGCGGUACUCAGCCAUUCGGCCUACUCCGGCGACGAGAUUGUCACCGGCUUCAUGACCAUCGACUCGCAGGAGAGCUUCGCCCAGUGGAAGCGCGAGCAUGACCGCGCCGUGUCGGCCGCCGCCGAGGGCGGCCUCCAGGUGGAUGAAUUCUCCGUGCACCCGGUGGCGCGGACCAUCUGCACGGCCUUCGAGCGGACCGGCGGCUCGAGCAUCACCCUGGCCGACCUGGGCAUCUCGCCGGCCGACCUGGGCCUGGAUCCGGCCAUGUCCAUCGGCUCGUUGGAUGGGGACUUCCACACCCAGACCGACCGGCUGCCAUCCCUGUGUGCCUCGAUCACCAAGUUCACCGAGUCCCUGGAGGGGAUCCUCCGCCGGGCGCGCACCGAUGCCUCGGAGCUGGUGAAGAUCGCCCACAUCCAGCAGUCCCUCAUCGAGUCGCAAUUCCCCUCGUCCUACCUGUCCUCGAACUCCACCUACCGCAUCCUGUCCACCCGGCUGGAGGACCUGUCCAAGGCCCAGGGCGGCUUCUGCACCUACCUCGGGGAGACCGUGACCGAGCCCCUGCGCCACUACCUGAGCCAGGCCCAGUCGCUGCAGCAGCUGAUCGACCGGUGGACGGUCAUGAGCGCCGAGCGCCUGGCCCGCCAGGAGGACCGUGUUGUGGCCUCGAAACAGCGCCUGGCCACGGCCGUGUCGCGCGGCGUGGCCGGCAAUGCCCUGGAGAAGCUCGCAUCCCAGGUGACCGCGGAGGAGAAUCUCCUGAAGAACCUCCGCCAGCGCGACAUGUUCGCCCGGUACUGCCUGCAGCUGGAGUUCCUGCACUUCAAGAAGCGCGGCCAUGUCCUGGCCCGGGCCAUUCGCGAUUGGGCCGUUCGGAAUGCCCAACACGCCCAGGAGGUGGCCGCCGCCUACUCGCAGAUGGUUUCGCUGGCCAACAACUUCCCGGCGGAGUUCUGA